AUGGAAAAGAGAAACAUCGCCAAGGAAGAAAGUGGAAAGCAGUAUAAUCUUGCAGUCUCUUCUUUUUCACUCUUACAUAUUCAAGCCUAGCAUUUAGAUUUCUAUAGAGGCCCAUUACUAACAUCUGCACAAAGGCUGAGAAAUCAUGGGUAUUGGGUUUGGUGGUACCAUUUCACAUUGUACUACUGCUACAAGUUACUUGAUCCUCUCCCUAACCUCCCUCUCAAAGCUUAUAUUUGUCUAUUUCAUCAGAUUUUAAUCUAACACAAAUUUCCCCAAAUAUUUUAACUUGUGAUGGACAUCCCAGUUAAACAAACAUUGAACCGGCCAAUUUU